GUGAAGUUACCAUGGGCCUCUACAAUCACCACAAAUCUGUUGAGCACCCACCAGCGCUUGUUCCUUGCAGCGAUAUGUGCGGUGUGGUCGUCGCGGUCGGCCCGUGCUCUAAGAAGACAUCAGACCCAUUGAAGAACCCAGCAUUCCAGCUCAAGGAAGGAGAUCGUGUAAUCAGCACCUUUGCUGCCACCCACUUGACGGGUCAGGUGCAGGCCUCGGAUGUCGCAAAUGGCCUCGGAGGCCCUGCCCCGGGUGUUUUGACGCAGUAUCGAGUCUUUCCCACGUACAACGUCGUCAAGAUCCCGGAUUAUCUAACCGCCGAAGAAGCAAGCUGCUUGCCAAUCGCCGCAAUGACUGCCUGGAUGAGCCUGAACUGCAUGCGUCCACAGGGCGAGAUCAUCGGUGCGAAUGAGACAGUGGUCUGUCAAGGGACUGGGGGCGUCAGCAUCGCCGCUCUGCAAAUUGCUGCCGCUGCAGGCGCUUCUGUCAUCGUCACCAGCUCUUCCGACUCGAAGCUGCAGCGGGCACAGAAGCUCGGCGCGCAGACGCUUGUCAAUUAUAAUUCGAUGCCGGACUGGGAGGCGUCGGUGCUCAAGGCGACUGGCGAUGCAGGGGCCGAUGUGAUUCUUGAGGUUGGAGGGGCGAAGACGUUACGCAAAUCUUUUGACUGCGUCAAGUUCGGUGGCCUGAUCGCGUGUAUAGGAUACCUAAGCGGAAAGGUUGACGACGACACGGACCGAACCAACACGAAUCUGUUGUGCCUGAGAAGGAAUGUAACGCUCAAGGGCAUACUGAACGGACCCCGAGACAGGCUGGAAGAGAUGCUGCGGUUUUACAGUGACAAGGAAAUCAGGCCAGUGGUGGAUCGGGUGUUCAAGUUUGAGGAGGGUGUCGAAGCGCUGAAAUACCUGUACAGUGGCGGCCAUUUCGGCAAGGUCGUGAUUCAGGUCAAAGAGUAGACGGAUAGGGCGAAUUCAAGAAUAUCAUUGUUGACGCGACACGCUCCCGUGUGGUGACUGCCCCUAGUGCAGGUACACUGAACAGGCGCACUGCGAAGACGGCCUCGAUGUGGGCUUAGCGUAGCUCGACAGACAGCCAGGUUCAUUGGGCCCCAGACGACCAAGACAGGUAGAGACGGCUGCACACAUGGGGACCUCUCGGAUCGCGGGAGGGGGCAAGAUGAUGAAAGCUGCGGGAAUUGGGGCUGGGAUCAGCAGUGCUAGCUCGCCGUGGACACAUCUUCUGUUCGCUCAACGCUAUCGCCAGUGUU